UUCCCACCGCUCUCCCGACUGGAAGUGCUGACAGAUCAAGGCAACAAAUUUCAAUUACAAUCCCUAAUUUGUGUCCGCAGAGUGUUUUUUACCCCUGUUAGUCCUCUUUGGCGCAUCAGUUGAGGCAGAUCUUGGAAGAGCAGGAAGAGGUGGAAGGGGUGGGAGCGAAGGAGUGCAUCAGUGAGAGCGCGCACGAGAGACCGAGGAGAGGAAACUUGGCGGGCGCGCCGCUGGUUCCUCGGAUCCCAACACGAGCGAGAAAGAGGAAACGCCAAAUUUGUUUUUGCCCGCGGCGGGGAAGGGGGCAGUUCUCGGCCCGCGAGAGGCCUCCACCGUCGUUCAAAUUUUGGUGGGGGAAGGAGAGCGAGUGUGCGUGUGUGCCCGUGUGAGUGUAUAUGAGCGAGGGGCGAGCGGGCGCCGGGCGGCGGGGAUGGCCGAGAAGCGGAGGGGCUCGCCGUGCAGCAUGUUAAGCCUUAAGGCGCACGCCUUCUCCGUGGAGGCGCUGAUCGGCGCGGAGAAGCAGCAACAGCUUCAGAAGAAGCGGCGGAAGCUGGGCGCGGAAGAGGCAGCCGUGGCCGUAGAGGACGGAGGCUGCAGCCGCGGCGGCGAAAAGGGCUCCCCCGAGGGAGACGAAGGCAAUGCUCUCCCGCCGCCGGCUGGGGCGGCAUCCGGGCCCGCCCGCAGCUGCGCUGACCUGGAGCUGAGCUGCAGCUCCCGCGGAGCCGCGGGAGGCUGUGAGGACGGCUUCCUGCAGGGCUCGUCCCCUCUGGCGUCCCCGGGAGGCUCUCGAAAGGGCUCCCCGGCUCCGGCCCUGGCCAGGCCUGGGACCCCGCUGCCAUCACCGCAGGCCCCGCGGGUGGAUCUGCAGGGAGCUGAGCUCUGGAAGCGCUUUCACGAGAUCGGCACAGAGAUGAUCAUCACCAAGGCGGGCAGGCGCAUGUUUCCAGCAAUGAGAGUGAAGAUCUCAGGAUUAGAUCCUCACCAGCAAUAUUACAUUGCCAUGGAUAUUGUGCCAGUGGACAACAAGAGAUACAGGUAUGUUUACCACAGCUCUAAAUGGAUGGUGGCUGGAAACGCUGACUCCCCUGUGCCACCCCGGGUGUAUAUUCAUCCAGACUCGCCUGCCUCAGGGGAGACUUGGAUGAGACAAGUGAUCAGCUUCGACAAGCUAAAGCUCACCAACAAUGAACUGGAUGACCAAGGCCAUAUUAUUCUUCAUUCUAUGCACAAAUACCAACCACGCGUCCACGUCAUCCGUAAAGACUGUGGAGAUGACCUUUCUCCCAUCAAGCCUGUGCCUUCUGGGGAGGGAGUGAAAGCCUUCUCCUUUCCCGAAACUGUCUUCACCACCGUCACGGCCUAUCAGAAUCAGCAGAUUACUCGCUUGAAGAUAGAUAGGAAUCCAUUUGCCAAAGGCUUCCGAGACUCUGGGCGUAACAGAAUGGGUUUGGAAGCCCUUGUGGAGUCGUAUGCAUUCUGGAGACCUUCACUACGGACUCUCACCUUUGAAGAUAUUCCUGGAAUUCCCAAGCAAGGAAAUACAAGUUCCUCCACCUUACUCCAAGGUUCUGGGAAUGGCGUUGCUGCCACCCAUCCUCAUCUUUUGUCUGGUUCCCCUUGCUCCUCUCCUGCCUUCCAUCUGGGGCCCAAUACCAGCCAGCUGUGUAGUCUGGCCCCGGCUGACUACUCCGCCUGCACCCGGUCAGGCCUCACCCUCAACCGAUACAGCACAUCCUUGGCGGAGACCUACAAUAGGCUCACCAACCAGACCAGCGACACCUUCGCCCCGCCCAGGACUCCCUCCUAUGUGGGCGUGAGCAGCAGCGCCUCUGUGAACAUGUCGAUGGGUGGCGCUGAUGGGGACACCUUCAGCUGCCCACAGACCAGCCUGUCCAUGCAGAUUUCGGGGAUGUCUCCUCAGCUCCAGUACAUCAUGCCUUCACCCUCCAGCAACGCCUUUGCUGCUAACCAGACCCAUCAGGGUUCCUAUAACACUUUCAGGUUACACAGCCCCUGUGCCUUGUAUGGAUAUAACUUCUCCACAUCCCCCAAACUGGCUGCCAGUCCUGAGAAAAUUGUUUCUUCCCAAGGAAGUUUCUUGGGGUCCUCACCGAGUGGGACCAUGACUGAUCGGCAGAUGUUGCCCCCUGUGGAAGGAGUGCACCUGCUGAGCAGUGGGGGCCAGCAGAGUUUCUUUGACUCUAGGACCCUAGGAAGUUUAACUCUGUCAUCAUCUCAAGUGUCUGCACAUAUGGUCUGAUGAAGCCUUUAAGUCUAAUAUACAUUCGAAUUGAUCUAAUGUAUUUUCUGUCCUCAUUUUCUCUCUCUCUCUUUUUUUUUUUAAAAAAAGCAAUAUGAAAAGAAACUAUGAGUAGCUUGUAAAAUGUACAUAUAAUAGAAAAUGAAUGCUCACUGAGUUUUUUUGUUUUGUUUUUUUUACUUUCUCAUGGUGAGAUUGUAAUUAUCUAUGGUGUAUAUGUAUACUGUACAUAGCAUGUGGAGUUUUGAAGUCUACAAAACCACAUCAUCUUUCUGUUUUUCCCCCUCCUUCAUCCAGUUGCACAGAGUAUUGACAUAAAUGUAGUAUGUUUAACCAGAGUUCUCAGACUCUUUCAAAAACCAAACAGCAAACUUAAAACUUGGCAAUGAUACGAACCAGGCUAAGACUUAUAAUAGUUUAUCAGAAAAAUGCUCUAGGCCGUUUCAUACUUGAGUGUUGAUAAACAGCAGUAACCAGCACACAGAAUCUUGUGAUUUCUGUUAUUGUUGGGCACAGUGUGAGAAACUAAAAUGCAAAAGCCAGUCGAAGUUUUAGUGUUAGUUCUGAAGUAUUUAUAAUUGUGAAGGAUUAGCUUUUGUGUUCCUGUUUGCUUAUCACAGAUAGUAUAUGACCGUGGUUCUGUAAAUCCAUAACGCAUAAUAAUUAUUUCCCUAAGGAAGGUGGAAGAGAGGCUUGUGAUUUUUUUCCCCAUUUUCCAUUGGGCAUAUAAGAGGUGUUUAUUCAUCUGCAGAGAAUAAAUUUCCAUUAUUUUGGAUUUUUGCUCAUUUUAUUUAGUUUACCAACUAGUCCAUUAAAGAAUGUUC